CGCCUGGUGCUCAUCAUCCAGUAAAGAGAGGGCGAUUCGCCCUCUUUCCCGUCACUCACACCUAAUCACUCUCUCCCAACUCAUUAAUUUUGUUUCCUCAGUCCUUCUACCACCACCUCACGGUUUUUAGCAUUCUUCUGCGUGCUUUGUUUAUGUAAAUCAGUGCUUCAAUUCCUUCAUAUAAAUGGAUGGAAAUGGAACAUUCCAAGAUGGUAGAACUGUUGAUUCAUUCUUGCGGAACUACAAGCUUGGGAAGACUCUUGGGAUUGGCUCAUUUGGUAAAGUUAAAAUUGCUGAACAUGCAUUGACUGGCCACAAAGUUGCUGUCAAGAUCCUUAACCGCAAGAAAAUUAAGAAUAUGGAUAUGGAAGAAAAAGUUCGAAGAGAAAUCAAAAUUUUGAGAUUGUUUAUGCAUCCACAUAUCAUUCGUCUCUAUGAGGUCGUGGAGACACAAUCUGAUAUUUAUGUCGUGAUGGAGUAUGUUAAGUCUGGUGAAUUGUUUGAUUAUAUUGUGGAGAAAGGCCGGUUACAUGAGGAUGAAGCCCGCAAUUUCUUUCAGCAGAUAAUCUCGGGAGUGGAGUAUUGCCAUAGGAAUAUGGUGGUUCACCGGGAUCUGAAGCCUGAGAACUUGCUUUUGGAUUCUAAAUUGAAUGUGAAGAUUGCUGAUUUUGGCUUGAGUAACAUCAUGCGCGAUGGUCAUUUCUUGAAGACAAGUUGUGGAAGCCCCAACUAUGCUGCUCCAGAGGUUAUAUCUGGUAAAUUAUAUGCGGGGCCUGAAGUGGACGUCUGGAGCUGUGGUGUUAUUCUCUAUGCACUUCUUUGUGGUACCCUUCCCUUCGACGAUGAAAACAUUCCUAAUCUUUUCAAGAAAAUUAAGGGCGGAAUUUAUACGCUCCCCAGCCAUUUAUCGGUUGAUGCUAGAGAUUUGAUUCCUAGGAUGCUUAUUGUUGAUCCAACUAAGCGAAUGACUAUUCCCGAGAUUCGUGCUCACCCUUGGUUCCAAGCUCAUCUGCCUCGCUACUUAGCUGUUCCACCGCCAGAUACAACACAGCAAGCUAAAAAGAUUGACGAAGAGAUUCUUCAGGAAGUGGUUAAUAUGGGAUUCGAUAGGAAUGGGCUUCUCGAUUCUAUUCAAAACAGAGUUCAAAAUGAGGGUACUGUUACGUACUAUCUGCUGCUAGACAACAGGUUCCGUGUUUCUGGUGGCUACCUUGGAUCUGAAUUCCAAGAAACUGUGGAACACGGAUAUAAUUCAACUAAUCCAAGUGAAAGUGUAGCCUCUCCUGUUGGGCAACGAUCUCCUGGAGCUAUCGAUUAUCAACAAUUUGGGGGAAGGCAAUUUCCAUCCGAGAGGAAAUGGGCACUUGGACUGCAGUCUCGAGCCCAUCCACGUGAGAUAAUGACAGAAGUUCUCAAAGCUCUGCAAGAACUUAAUGUAUACUGGAAAAAGAUUGGGCACUACAACAUGAAAUGCAGAUGGGUUCCUGGUGCUUCUGGUCAUGGUGAAGGAGCAGUUAAUAACUCUAUGCAUGACAAUAACUAUUUCGAGGAUGAAUCUUCUAUCGUUGAGCAUGAUGUCAAUAUUAAGCCACAGAAUGUGGUAAAAUUUGAAGUGCAGCUUUUCAAGACACGCGAAGACAAAUAUUUGCUUGAUCUGCAAAGAGUUCAGGGUCCGCAGUUCCUCUUCCUUGAUCUAUGCGCUGCAUUCCUAGCUCAGCUACGUGUUCUCUGAAGCUGUGCAGUGAAACUUCUUCUCGUCCGGGGUGGAGAACAACAAGCAUUCUGAAUCUUGUACUAGUGAAGGGUGUCCCAAAUCGAUGUGUAUGCGUCAAAUUGGUGUUGAUAAUAGUUGAUGAAACACAAAGGAGGGAGAUUGAUUGAAGCCCAGUCUCCAUCAUCAAGAUCGGACAUGCAUUUGCUGUUGCUCACCAUAUCUUCUGCCUUGGAUUUACAAGUAUUCCGGAGCCUUGAGGGCUGCUCGGAGUCGUCGAGAGAUGGCUUCAAUUUGAGGCACUCCGUAAUCCCAGUGAAGGCAUAUAGAGAUGCUGAAAACUUCCUCUCGUAGUUCAUCCUUUUCAUGUCCUCACUCAUCUCCUCCGCCUCCACCUCCACCUCCACCUCCGUCCUCUUUGCCAUCUCUUCGGCAAUCUCGAAAGCUGAAUACCCACUCGACCACCCGGUUUCAUCCACGAACUCAAAGUCCAAGGUUCCAGUGUUUUCACUGGAUUCCUGGAUCAAAUUCAUGGUGCUAGUUUGCACUUUGUGGCUCUCACUUGUUUCUAGAACCGGGCACUCGUCACCACUAAUCGCUCUGGAAAACUUUUCCAGGGCGAACUCCUCGUAACUAAAAUAAGGAAAAUCAGCAGCUGCCAUGUCCAGCAGCUGAUUUUUCUGAUUUUGAUCGGUACAGGGAGAUGAAUAAGGUUCAAAAUUGUUAUUUGUUGCUAAGGAACUGUUUCUUGCCUGAAGCCUGCUGUGUAGAAGGUUGGUGAUCCUUGAAGGGAGAGCCGCAGAAGAAGACGAAGAAUUUGGACAAGUGGGCCAAAAAUUAGUCCGAGUGUUGGCCCCGCGGAGGAGGCGGGCUGCCUCAUCGUAGGCCUUGGCAGCCUCCUCCGCAGUAUCGAACGUGCCUAGCCAUACUCGUAUCUUUUGUAUGGUAUCCUUGAUCUCCGCCACCCACCGCCCUGACGGUCGCUGUCGGACCCCUAUGAACCGCUUGCCGGCUCUCUGGACGCCCCUGAGCGCCGCCGUGACAUCUCCGCCAUCAGUGCUGGCAGUUUCAUACUCGAUUGCCUUUCUUUUGCUUGCCAUUCUCGUUCUUGUUGUGGUUGUUAAAUGGUUAGUAUUGUUAUUUUCUUGGACUAGUUGUUUUUGAGUUUUAUAUGGAUGUAACUGAAAGCCAACGUCAGACAAGCUGAAAUAGUCUUCAUUUAUCUGGUCAUACUCUUUAAUUUUUA